UUUUUUGUGCUGCGGUUUGACCGAGUGAGUAAGAGCCAAUUCUCGGAUCAGUGCCGAUGCCCAGACUAUGGUGAAUUAUGAAUGUGCCACACCAUGAAUCUCCUGUGGCAGGUAACUGUGCAUCACACCUGGAACGCUGCCCUGGUCCUGCUGUUCUACCUCAGCGCGCGGAUGUGGAGUGUGUGUGCGGCGUCGGGCAGAGAGCAGAGCUGCCCCACCAUCUGCUCCUGCAGUAACCAGUUCAGUAAGGUGGUGUGCACCCGCCGAGGGCUCAGAGAGGUGCCUCAGGGCAUCCCAUCCAACACCCGCUACCUGAACCUCAUGGAGAACGACAUCCAGCUGAUCCAGGCGGAUACCUUCAGGCACCUCUACCACAUGGAGGUGCUGCAGCUCGGCAGGAACUCCAUCAGGCAGAUCGAGGUGGGAGCCUUCAACGGGUUGACCAGCCUCAACACCCUGGAGCUCUUCGAGAACCGCCUGACGGUCAUCCCGAGCGGGGCCUUUGAGUCGUUCUCCAAGCUGCGGGAGCUGUGGCUCAGGAACAAUCCCAUCGAGAGCAUCCCCUCGUACGCCUUCAACCGGGUGCCCUCGCUCCUGCGGCUGGACCUGGGCGAGCUGCGUAAGCUGGCCUACAUCUCUGAAGGAGCCUUCGCCGGGCUGAUCAACCUGAAGUACCUGAACCUGGGCAUGUGUAACCUCAGGGACAUGCCUAACCUGACCCCGCUGGUGGGCCUGGAGGAGCUCGAGAUGUCCUCCAACCACUUCCCCCAGAUCCAGCCCGGCUCCUUCCUGGGCUUGAAGUCCCUGCGGAAGCUGUGGCUCAUGAACUCGCAGAUCAGCGUGAUUGAGCGCAACGCCUUCGACGACCUGACGGACCUGGUGGAGCUGAACUUGGCCCACAACAACCUGAGCUCCCUGCCCCACGACCUGUUUGCCCCUCUCAGGUACCUGGUCCAGCUGCACCUGCACCACAACCCCUGGAAUUGCACGUGCGACAUCCUGUGGCUGGCCUGGUGGCUGAGGGAGUACAUCCCCAACAACUUCACCUGCUGCGGGCGCUGCCACACCCCGGCCCACAUGAGGGGCAAGUACGUGACGGAGGUGGACCCCGGCUCCUUCCAGUGCUCGGGCCCCGUCAUCCUGGAGCCCCCCCAGAACGUGAACAUCUCCGAGGGCCGGACGGUCAAGCUGCGUUGCCGGACGGCGGACAUGGCCUCCGUGCGGUGGCUUCUGCCCAACAACACGGAGCUGAGCCACGGCUCUGCCCACCCCCGGCUCUCCGUCUUCAACAACGGGACACUGCACUUCCUGCACGUGUUGCUGACGGACGCGGGAACCUACACCUGCACCGUGGCCAACAUGGUGGGUGCCUCGGCGGCCUCGGCCCUGCUGCACGUCACCAUGGCCGAGAUCAACACGGCCAACUACACCUACUUCUCCACGGUGACGGUGGAGACCACGCCCGAGACGGUGAGGACUAAAGUGCCGCCGUUCCUGUCCACGCCGCCCACGUACAAGCCGGUGUUCAUCUCCACGCCCACCGUGCUCCUGCAGAGCACCCGAAGCCCCCGGCCCGCCCUCGUCGUGCCCACCCCGGACUCCAGCGACCUGAUCCGCGCCAGCCUGGACGAGGUGAUGAGGACGACCAAGAUCAUCAUCGGCUGCUUCGUGGCUGUGACUCUCCUGGCGGCCGCCAUGCUGAUCAUCUUUUACAAACUGCGCAAGCGUCACCAGCAGAGGAGCACGGUGGCGGCAGCCAGGACUAUAGAGAUCAUUAACGUGGAGGAGGAGAUGGCGGGAGGUGGGCCGGGCGAGGGUGGGGGGGGCUCCGUGCCCUCUGUCCACGAUCACAUGAACUACAACACCUACAAACCAGCACACCGAGCUCACUGGACAGACAACAGCUUGGGCAACUCGCUUCACACCACCAUCCCGGAGCCCUUUAUUAUACAGACACACAACAAGGACAAAGUUCAGGAAACCCAGAUCUGACUUGGAUAUAUAUUAUAUCUCUAUAUAUUAUAUAUAAAUGCAAUAGAAUGCACAAAAGGGUCAGAAUUUUAUAAAGAGUGCAACCAACUCCAGACUGUUUUUUUUCUUCUCUCUCUCUCUCUUGUUCAUGCUUAUAUUAAAGCAACCCCUGGGCUGAUGAUGAUUAAAAAAAAAUUAUAUAUAAUAAACUAUUUUCUAACCCGUAAGUUAUAUUUAAAGAGAAAGCAGUUUUUCUCGAUGUUUCAUGACGGGAGGGUGUGGGGU